AGGUGCCAGACAGAUCAUUCAGUAUUUCAUCUAUAACUGACACAGGUUAUGUUAUCCUAGUAGUUUAUGUGGAUGAUAUUGUAAUCACUGGUGAUGAUGCAGAUGGGAUUGCUCAAUUAAAACAGUUUCUGCAGAAAAGGUUUCAGACCAAAAAUCUAGGUAAACUCCGAUAUUUCUUGGGUCUUGAAGUCGCUACGUCACAAGCAGAUAUUAAUUUAUCUCAAAGAAAGUAUGUGCUUGAUCUAUUAGAUGAGACAGGUUUCCUUGGAACCCAUCCAGUUGAUACUCCCAUGGAUCCCAAUGUGAAGCUUUUGAAGAAUGGAGGAGUAUUAUUUGGAAAACUAGGAAAAUAUCGUCGUUUAGUUGGAAAAUUGAAUUAUCUUACUAUCACAAGACCAGAUAUUUCCAAUGCAGUUAGCAUCAUUAGUCAGUUCUUGGAUGCUCCUCGGGUUCCUCAUUGGGAAACUGUGAUAUGUAUUAUUUGGUAUUUGAAAAAGGCUCCAGGUCUUGGGUUAUUGUAUAAACCAAAUGGACACAUCAGAAUAGAAGGGUUUGUAGACGCAGAUUGGGCAGAAUCCCGGAUAGACAGACGAUCCACUACAGGUUUCUGUACAUUCCUUGGUGGUAAUCUUGUUUCUUGA